GACAAUCUGUUUUAUACCAAAUAAAUGCGCAAAAGUCUUAUAAUCAUGUUAAAACACUUUAGUAUAUAUAUAGAAUAAAUAUUGAUUCAACAUAAACAUGGAUUUGGAGUAUAAUGUUUUUAGGAAAAAUGUCGAUUUGGAUAAUAAAUGCUGUGGGGGGGCUGCUUGGUGCAUUAAGGAUAUCUGUGGAAUAAUUUGCGCAAUAUUAACAUGGCUAUUAAUUUUGUAUGCAGAGUUUGUUGUUAUGUUUGUUAUGUUAAUUCCGAAUCCAAACGAGCUAUAUAGGUAUCCAAAUAUGAUAUUUUUUAACAUAUGUGCAUUCCUUGCAUUCGCUUCACACUUGCGAACAAUGUUCACAGACCCUGGGGCUGUGCCCAAAGGCAAUGCGACCAAAGAACAGAUAGCACGAAUGGGCUUUCGUGAAGGCCAAGUGGUAUUCAAGUGCCCCAAAUGUUGUAGUAUUAAACCAGAACGAGCGCAUCAUUGUUCUGUGUGCCAGCGAUGUGUCAGGAAAAUGGAUCACCAUUGUCCCUGGGUCAAUAAUUGCGUUGGAGAGGACAAUCAGAAAUAUUUUGUACUUUUCACUUUCUACAUAGCUGUAAUAUCCGUACACUCUUUACUGAUGUCAUUCAAUCAAUUUGCCUCGUGUGUUCGAGCCGAAUGGAGAGAAUGUUCUGUCUAUUCACCACCUGCAACAGUAGCCCUGCUUCUAUUUUUAGUCAUCGAAGCAUUACUAUUUGCUAUUUUCACCGCUGUCAUGCUCAUCACACAAUUGCAAGCCAUUUGGAACGAUGAAACAGGUAUUGAACAAUUAAAGAAAGAGCAAGCGAGUUGGGUUAGAAAGUCCCGAUGGAAAUCAAUACAGAAUGUUUUUGGGAGAUUUUCCUUACAUUGGUUUUCACCGUUCACGAGCCCUGAGUCACACAGACUGAAUAGAGUCUUUCCUGAGAUUUAUUCGUAUCCAGUUUAGAGAAAUUAUUUAAUAGUAUCCUAAUUAUGUAAGAGAUUUCGAUUUAUUUAAUAUAUAUGUGCAUAAUUUGUAAGAAGAAAAGUGUAUUAUGGAAGUA